CUUCCCUGUAAGAACAACACAUACUGUUAGCGUCUUUAGCAUCAUAGCUUUGGUGCUGAUGUAAUGAAACACAACCUCAGAGCAGAAGCAGCCUGUUUGUGAGGUUUCUGUCUCCUCCUCUACUAGAUAUUUACUUUUCUGUUCCUUCUGUGCAGGUUAAAGGAGGCGUGAUGAACAGCACACAUGAGGAGACACCACAGAGCUGCCACAACAAAACUCACACAACUCCUCACAGCGUCUGACUCCACUCCGGUUCCUGCAGUCUGACGUGUCAUCAUGAUCAGUGCUAAAGGUCUGGUCGAAUUCCUGCGGAAGCUACCUGGACGUUUUGGGAUCUUCAGCCUGAUUCUGGUUGCUCUGGAGCAGAUUAUGGAUUAUAACUUUGUCUGUCCUUGUCAACGUGCCUAUAAUAUAAGCAUGUGUGUUCUGUAUGGUGCAGUUCCUGCUCUUGGCUGCUUUCUCUUGACCUUCUCUUUCAUAGACCUGUCCUUGAACACUGAGGGCAGACAGAGCAGGGAAAUCACCAAGAGGUAUAAAGGUCUGUACUCCAGUCUCACAGCCAGCGUCUGGCUCUUCCUCUUCUUCUUUGACGGUGGAUACGUGGCCUGUGCUGUCUCAGAUUGGGAAGGUGUGUACGCUCAUUCUGACAAGCUGGGGAUUGAACGAUGGUGCAAACCCACAGGAAAUAAAACCUCAGAGUUAGAGAGCCAGCAGAUUACUCUGAAGUGGAUCUCCAGAUCUCAGAUUUUAGGCUUCAUCAUCCUGGUGUGUGUUCUCAUCACUCUGCUGUGUGUACACCACUGCACUGUGACACACACUGGGACACACACUGUGACACACACUGUGACACACACUGAGGAACCCAGCAGGAUGAAGCUGCACAGUCGACGCGGCGACAGGAAGUCUGUCUGUGAGGUCGAGGAAAUCACGUGUUUGUGAAAAGAUUCACUGCUUUGUGAUUUCCUGCAAAUGUUCUUUGAUCUAUUUGUUGUUUUGUUUUUAAAUGUUAUUGUGUCGAGAUUUAGUGUAAACAACUUCAGUUUCAUUUUCAGUCCUCUUUAGAUCAGACAGAUCACAGGGAUUAGAUUAGACAGAAUCCAGGGAUUUAGAUCAGACAGAUUCCAGGGAUUAGAUCAGACAGAACACAGGGAUUAGAUCAGACAGAUCACAGGGAUUAGAUUAGACAGAAUCCAGGGAUUAGAUCAGACAGAUCUCAGGGAUUUAGAUCAGACAGAUCCCAGGGAUUUAGAUCAGACAGAUCCCAGGGAUUUAGAUCAGACAGAUCUCAGGGAUUUAGAUCAGACAAACAGAUCCCAGGGAUUUGGAUCAGACAGAUCCCAGGGAUUUAGAUCAGACAGACAGAUCCCAGGGAUUUGGAUCAGACAGAUCCCAGGGAUUUAGAUCAGACAGAUCCCAGGGAUUUAGAUCAGACAGACAGAUCCCAGGGAUUUGGAUCAGACAGAUCCCAGGGAUUUAGAUCAGACAGAUCCCAGGGAUUUAGAUCAGACAGAUCCCAGGGAUUUGGAUCAGACAGAUCCCAGGGAUUUAGAUCAGACAGAUCCCAGGGAUUUAGAUCAGACAGAUCCCAGGGAUUUAGAUCAGACAGAUCACAGGGAUUUCAGGACCUUGUGUUUGAUAUUACAAUAAAAACUUUUAUAUUGAA